ACACUGAAAUGUCCCACAGUGUGAGCCCCUCUUUCCUGUGUGAGACCAUCCUCUCCGUAAACUCCACGGAAUUGUCUGCAGUAGAAGUGUCCGCCAGCUGCUGCCUGAGAGGACUCUUCUACACACGGCUCUACGUUCCACUGUAGCUCAGGAUAUUCCUCUGGCUUCACGCGGGACAAACCAACAAAAUGACUAGUUUCAACAAGGGCCCAGCCUACGGAUUGUCUGCUGAAGUCAGAAGCAAAAUUGCUCAGAAAUAUGACCCACAAAAGGAGGAGGAACUGCGUUUCUGGAUUGAGGAGGUGACAGGAAUGACUAUUGGAGAGAACUUCCAGAAGGGGUUAAAGGAUGGAGUCAUCCUCUGCGAACUGAUUAAUAAGAUACGACCGGGUUCAGUCAAGAAAACCAACCAUUCACAGUUGAACUGGCACAAGCUGGAAAACCUUGGGAAUUUCAUCACAGCCAUCCUGGCUUAUGGUCUUAAGCCCAACGACAUCUUCGAAGCCAAUGAUCUAUUUGAAAAUGGGAACCUGACUCAAGUCCAGACCACACUGCUCGCACUGGUAAACAUGGCAAAGACCAAAGGUAUGGACUCAAAGAUGGAUAUUGGGGUGAAAUACGCAGACAAACAAGCUCGACAUUUUGACGAUGAGAAGAUCAAGGCUGGUCAGUGUGUCAUUGGACUGCAGAUGGGAACAAACAAGUGUGCAAGUCAGGCUGGAAUGACUGCUUAUGGAACCAGAAGGCACCUGUAUGAUCCAAAGACUCACACUGACAAGCCCUUUGACCAGACCACCAUCAGCCUGCAGAUGGGAACCAACAAAGGAGCAAGCCAGGCGGGCAUGUCGGCUCCGGGUACCAGAAGAGACAUCUUUGACCAGAAGGUGGCGCAACAGCCACUGGACAACUCCACCAUCUCCCUUCAGAUGGGCACCAACAAGGUGGCGUCCCAGAGGGGCAUGAGUGUUUACGGUCUGGGUCGACAGGUCUAUGACCCCAAGUACUGCGCUCCCCCGACAGAGCCAGUCAUCCACACUAAUGGUAGUCAGGGCACUGGCACCAACGGCUCUGAGAUCAGCGACAGUGACUAUCAGGCCGAGUUCCAGGAGGAGGAGUACCAAGGAGGUUUCCAUGACAACUACAGCGCCCAAUACAGCGACCAGGGCAUUGACUACUAGUGGUGACCUUCACCUUCAGAGCAGUAUUAACAAGUGUAUUUAAUCUACACCACAGAGCAAGUCUUUUGCUAUCCUCACUAGUCUUUUCUCUUGAAGCUCGAGUGUUUUCCUUCUUGACCUAGACUCAUUCAUCUGAGCAGCAAAGGUUGUAAGAAGUCGUAGUAUCAUAGUAUAUUGAGAAAUACAGUGAUGGAUAUGGUUUUAAGCUGAAGAGCACUCUUAUUAAUACCCACUUUUUAAAAGAUGGAACACUGAACUAGUUAUUACUUUGUUGACAGAUGGUCUAGUAGCAUUAGAUGUAGCUGCUUCAUUCCAAUGUCUAUUCAUGGACUGAAACUUAGCUGAUCCAUUCCCAUGUGUAAUCCUCAACAAAAGGCUGAUUUAUGUGCCUUCUCCCUCUGUGUUCUGUCUGUAUUUAUACAUCCAGCCACAAUUUGUGAUACAGUUAUUCCUGAUGUCUUUUUUGUACCACAUUUAUUUGCUAGAUAGUUUUUCUUAAAGUUGUGAGCAUGUGAAUCCUGAUGGAAAUCAGAUGACCUAUUUUGUAGCUAGACUUCCAUGUGCCCAUUACAUUACCUAUAUUUUCAUAUCUUACCCCUUGUAUUCCCAAACAGUAUUUAUUGUAGUGACUCAUUGCAAAACAGUCCACUGUUACAUGGUUGUAAAGAAACGUGUAUGUUAUAAAUAAAACCUUAAAUUCUCAAUUCUGAAA